UAGACUAAGGAGGUGUUCACACGGGGAGGUUUUUAUUUACAGAAAACACCUGACCUGGGUGGUUUUUUUAAAGAUAAAAAGCCGACAGGUUUUUUUUUAUUAUUCCCCCAACAACCGAACGUUAAACUUGAUUCCCAUGACAACUGCCGUUCUAGAGCACAAGUACCGGUAGUCUGGGUUACACAGUAGCAGCGGUUCGGCCAAGUUGUUGUAAACAGUGUCAACUUGCAGUUGUUUUGUGUUCACGAUGUCGAGGAUGCGAAAAUUAGCCCUAGUUUUAGCGUUAGAUGCCGAUGAGGAUGGCGGUAACGAGCAUUCCCGUUUGUGGGUGCAUGAUAUUAACCGGGGACGGCAGCACUAUGGUGCAUUUCAUAGUCUUGUUCAAGAGCUACGAUUUGAUAAUGCACGGUUCGCUGCUUAUUUCCGACUUGACAAAUGUCAAUUUGAAGCCCUUUUGCGUGUUGUUGCACCAACUAUAUCAAAGCAAAACACCAUAAUGAGGCAAGCCAUCAGUCCAGAGGAACGACUGAGCAUCUGUUUAAGGUAUCUGGCAACAGGUGAUUCUUUCAGAUCCAUUGCCUUCAGCUUCAGGGUGGGUGCCAGCACUGUGGCAGGCAUCGUUCAACAAGUGUGCUCAGCUAUUUGGGAUUGUCUCCUGGCUGAUUAUAUGCCUGUUCCAGACACGUCAGAUUGGAGAAAGAUUGCCAUGGGAUUCCAGAAGCUGGCAUUUCCAAACUGUCUUGGGGCAAUGGAUGGCAAACACGUGGUAAUCGAGGCUCCUCCCUCCAGUGGGUCAGUGUACUACAAUUACAAAGGCACUUUCUCCAUUGUUCUUCUAGCUGUAGUGGAUGCCAGAUACUGUUUCAGGCUGGUUGACAUUGGGGCUUAUGGACGAAACAGUGAUGGGGGAACCCUCUCCGCAUCUGCCUUUGGUACUGCCCUGCGCCAGAACACAUUGGGUAUUCCUGAGGACUCCAUCCUCCCAGGGGCAGAACAUCUGGGUCCAAUGCCACAUGUGUUCCUGGCAGACGAGGCCUUUCCCUUGCGCCGCAACAUCAUGCGCCCAUAUCCAGGUUACAACACUGGAGAGAAGAAAGUGUUCAACACUCGCCUGUGUCAUGUGCGCAGGAUGGUUGAGUGUGCGUUUGGCAUACUGGCAUCUCAAUGGAGGGUGUAUCGUCGUGUGCUGUGUGUGUCUCCAGAGGUGGCAGAGAAUGUUGUGAAGGCCACCUGCAUGCUUCACAACUUCAUAAGGUGGGAUACCAGAACUGCACCUAUGUCAUCUACUGGAACAUCCGCAACUGAGCCAUCACAGGGUCUCCAAAACGCACCUCGUCUUGGCACCAACAAUGCCGGCAGAGAAGCUGUGGCAGUGAGGGAGAAGUUUGCACAGUAUUUCAUAUCUGAAGCUGGACGAGUUCACUGGCAGGAUAACAUCUAGGCCUUAUAGAACCAAAAAACAACAGCUCUUUUAAGAGCUACCCAAAGCUUCUACAGUACUUAAAGCUAUUCCAUUUCAUUACCAGCAAAUGCACUUUUUACAUUCUUGUACAUAAGAGAUGCUAAGUCUCUCUGAAUUCAAGUGUGAAGUCAUUCAUUACACAUGUUAAUCUUUAAAGUAUUGAGUUACAAAGUAUGUAUAUAAGAUCUAAUUCUCUGUGUCCACUUUUUUUUAUAAUCCCUGCUGAGUACACCAGAGGCCCAGACUAGGACCAGGACCAGGACCAGGACCAACUUACUUCUUCCCCGGGACAGUCCGUGUGACAUAUGAUGCUCAACAAGAGUUGUGGAUAUGCCCAAGGUUUCUUCCUAAACAAAAAACAACCAGAAGGGAGUUUCCCUUUGCCUCCAUGACUCUUGGGUGUAUUGUAAUUUGGCACUGUACAAAUAAAAUUGAAUAGCAUUGAAUUGAAUUAUUUCUGUAAUGGAAAUCAUUGUAUGGGUUAAUAAGAUAAGGAAGAGGCACAAAACAUAUGUCAUUGUUCAGUCAUAAAUGUAUUUAAUAUUG